GUUCAUUUUCCUAUUCACAAUGAAAACCACACCACUCCUCCAUUCGCUACUUGUCCACAGCUCAAAGAAAAACAACAAUUCAAAAAUAAAACUCAACCUCAGCCCACCAUUUCAAAACGAGAAAAAACCCAUUCUCCUCUGCCCACCCAACAAAAAAAGGAAACCAAAAAGUGGAUUUAGCAAGUUCGAUCUGACCGGAUAUAAAUGGAUCACGGUCACAUACAAGAAGGAAGAGGAAGAGGUUAUUUGGUGAUCGACAUGCCUACCGCUGUCGAAUCACGAAGUAGUUUUGAUCACACGAAUCAUGGACCGGAAAAGUUGCUAACCCUGGUGGUUCUCCGGUUGGCGGCGCUGGAAAAAGCUGCUACAGGGUUCGGAACUCUAGGUUUUAUCUGGGCAACUGUGGUUUUACUCGGUGGUUUUGCAAGCACCCUUGGUAAAACAGACUUCUGGUUCAUAAGCAUAAUUCUGUUGAUCGAGGGGGCCCGGAUAUUCAGCCGGAGCCACGAGCUCGAAUGGCAACAACGCCAAGCCACCUUUUCGAUUUGUUCCGGGCCUAUCAAUGUGGUUCGGAAGCAGAGUCCGAGGUUGAGAAGAACCUUGGCCUUUCGCCGGCGGAAGUGGGACUGGAAGACGAUGCUGGCUCGGACGUGGGAGAUCUCGGACGUUCCGAUUCUCACCUUUUCCCAGUGGGUCUUUCUGCCCAGGAAUGUCAGCAAGGUUCUGUAUGGGCUCCAGCUGGCAUUCGCGAUAGCAUGUGCAGUUUUGUCCUUAGUGAAACUCAUCGAACGUGACUUCGGUGAAGUGGCGAAAGGAGAUCCUGAUAAGACUUCACCGAGAGGAGGUACUGAUAUGAUGAACCGCGAAGCAGCUCUGUUUAUCUUCUACUCCUUGGCAUUGGCAGAAGCAUUGUUGUUCCUCCUGGAGAAGGCAUAUUGGGAAUGGAAGUUGACUUACUGCAAGGUGUUGGAAGAAGUGCACGAGGCGUGCGGGCUGGGGUCUCUGGGUAUGGAUUCAACGAGAAGAUUCUUCUAUGAGGUCUAUUCGAGAAGCAUAUACGGAAGCGUUUUUGAUGGACUAAAUAUGGACAUGGUUUCGCACGCCAUGGGCCUCUUGGAUUCGAAUUUCCCAGAUGAACAGCUCAUUGGAAUUCGGGUAUUACAAAAAUUUGCGACGAACGAGAGGUUUUCCGACCACACCUUCCAAAAGAUCGGAACAAAAUUACCGGUUAUGGAAAGGUUAGUCGAAAUGCUGAAUUGGAAAGAUCCGAAAAAAGAAGAGAUCAGGCAAUCCGCAGCGGAGAUAUUAUCAAAUCUAGCAAGUCAAAAGCAGCACGCUCUUCGGGUUUCGGGAAUACCUGGUGCAAUGGAGUCCAUAUCGUCCCUGCUUCAGAACCAGUAUAGGAUGUCACAAGGUGUAGUGGAUGGAAUCCCUGAGAAGAUAAUCAUCCAUGACAACGAGAGAUUCAAUUAUUUGGGAAUUCUCAUUCUCAAGAAUCUUGCUCGGGACCAUGAUGACUGCAGAAAGAUAGGGAACACGAGAGGACUCUUACCGAAAAUCAUAGAGUUCACUCACGUUGGGGAAAGGUUACUGAAGGAUGACAAUGUUGAACCAUCCCAGAUCAAGAUGGUGAAACUGUCACUCCAAGUGCUGAAGAUGCUAGCUAGCACGACGGGGAGCACAGGUAAACAACUCAGGAAUGAAAUAUCUGAAAUCAUAUUCACAAUCAGCAAUAUCAGAGACAUACUGAAGUACGGUGAGAAACAGACGGAGUUACAAAAACUCGGGAUUGAGAUUCUAACCAGUCUGGCAAUUGAAGCGGAUGCAACAGAGAGGAUUGGGGGCACCGGUGGAGUUCUUAAAGAGCUGUUCAGCAUUUUCUUCAAAGAGGAGAUUCCCAAACAUCAGGAAGAUGUAAGAAUCGCAGCAGGAGAAGCACUGGUAAUGCUGGCAUUUGAAAGCAAGAGUAAUUGUCGCAGACUUCUAAAUUUGAAUGUAAUUGAAAAGCUGGUUAAAGCAUUGGAAUUGGAAGUACCGUUUCUACGCAUAAAUGCAGCAAGAAUUUUAAAGAAUUUGUGCAUCUACUCCGGAGCAGACUGUUUCACGCAGCUAAGGGGAGUCAGUAUUGCAGCACAUGUUGUGCUUGGAGCUAUCACGACUGCAGAGGGCAAAUUGCAAGAAGUGAUGGUGGGACUAGCAGUGGAUGUUUUCAAAUUUAUGACUAGUGCAGAAUCAAGCAACUUGUUCAGGAGAGCUGGAACUCAAGAAUUGGCUGAGGCACUGGUUCAGAUUCUGAGAAAAUACAAGAAUCCAGCAAACAAAACUCCGGGAUUAAGGAGGUUUGUCAUAGAGUUGGGAAUUUGGUUGAUGAAUUACAAGGAAAAAAAUGUCCAAAUUUUCAAGGAUCUGGGAAUGAUCGAGGAGAUGGAGUCUGUCCUAGAGACAACAUCUGACCUUGAAAACUUCAACUCUUUCUCUGGUGUUGUUGGAAUGAGCCGGCACAACACUACGAUUCACUCACUAGUUGAGACCGCAAUGAAGUUAAUGGAAGUCAAUUAUAGUGAUGCAGAAUAGAUUUUUCCAAAUAAUAUUUCUAUUUGAUGAGUCAGAGAAAUAAGUCAUGACUGUGUGGUUAUAGAUGAGUGAAGCUUAAAAGCUGUUCUUUUUCAAAUGUAACAUAUAUAAGUGCCAGAAAUUUCAACCUUGCGAAUCUUGAAAUGCU